AUGGGACUCAUGUCAAACACUGGUCUGGACUUCUUUUCGAAAACCACCGGGUUCUACCAACUCAUUCAGUACACCCCCCUGGUAAUUGGCGGAGCUGCCGCGAUCUCGACUUACCUCAUGGUCACAAUCAUGCCUGGGCCCCUCCUCCAAACGAACGAUAUUUUGAUGGCUGAUGUCCUUGUUGCCUUCGCGUUCUUUGGUGGGAUGCAGAUUGCGAGAGCAGCGUUGUCUCCAUUCAAGGGAGUGAUGUGUACUGUUUGGGUAAUGAUGGCCAGAGAACCAGUAAUAUUCAAGGAUCAUCAUGGAGAGAUUUGGGACGGUUUGGUGGAGCUCAAUCCUCUUGUUGCUGAGGCUUUGUUGGCUUCGAAGAAGGAUGAUUGA